UAGAUAAUUCAAUCAGCAUUCUUCCCCUGCUUAUGCUUUCCCCAUCUCCAAAUCCUCCGCUCUCCAUUUCCUCUUCCUUCCACUCUCUCACACACUCACUCACUUUUCAUGGCUGCAAUCACAAAUCUAUUAUUAUCAAACCUCCCUUCAUCUCUCACCCACGUCCCCAUAAUCAACCCUCUUAUUAGCUCCUACCCUCCCUUUCCAUUACCCACCAAAUCUAAACCUCUACAAUUCCAUCUAACCACCACAAACAGAGCAGACUUCACUAUAAAGGCCACAGCCACAGCAGGCACAAAGAAAGCGCCAAGUGACGAAAGAGUAAAAAAAGUUCAUAGCAUAGAAGAAUUCGAUGAAUCCCUUAAAUCAGCCAAGAACAGGCUUGUGGUUGUAGAAUACGCGGCGAGACAUAGCCCCGACAGCAGCAAAAUCUACCCGUUCAUGGUCCAGCUCAGCAGGACCUGCAGUGAUGUAGAUUUCCUUCUCGUUAUGGGCGACGAAUCGGAGAAAACAAGAGAGCUCUGUAAGAGGGAGAAGAUCGAGAAGGUUCCGCACUUCAGUUUCUACAAAAGCAUGGAGAAGAUUCACGAGGAGGAAGGAAUCGGUCCGGAUCAGCUGAUGGGGGACGUGUUAUACUACGGUGAUAGUCACUCGAGUGUGGAGCAGUUGCACUGCAGGGAAGAUGUGGAGAAACUGAUGGAAGAUCACAAGGUGGAUCAUAAGCUGAUUGUGCUGGAUGUGGGGCUGAAGCAUUGUGGGCCAUGUGUGAAGGUUUAUCCGACGGUGAUUAAGCUGUCACGGCAGAUGGAUUCGGUGGUGUUUGCGAGAAUGAACGGUGAUGAGAAUGAGAGCUGUAUGAAGUUCUUGAAGGACAUGAAUGUGAUUGAAGUGCCGACGUUUCUGUUUAUUAGAGACGGAGAGAUUUGUGGGAGGUAUGUUGGGUCUGGGAAAGGAGAGCUUAUUGGGGAGAUUCUUAGAUAUCAAGGGGUUCGUGUCACGUAUUGAUGCUUUUGAUGGAACAUUAAAGAUCUCAAAAUUAA